AUGAAGGGAUUCAUCGGUCUGUUACUUCCGCUGCUUGCAGCUGCCUCUCCUAUGGUCGUCGACUCUAUUCACAAUGGAGCUGCCCCCAUUAUCUCUUCUGUGAACGCCAAGGAGAUUGCUGAUUCGUACAUCGUCGUGUUUAAGAAACAUGUUGAUCACUCGGUCGCUGCCUCACACCACAGCUGGGUUCAGGAUCUCCACACCCAGACCCAUAUGGAGCUCAAGAAGCGUGGUCUUUUUAGCGAGAACCCCUUCAACGGUCUCAAGGAUACUUUCAACAUCGGUGGUUCCCUGAUGGGCUACGCUGGUAACUUCCAUUUGGAUGUUAUUGAGCAAGUUCGCCGUCACCCGGACGUCGAGUACAUCGAGAAGGACUCCGAGGUGAACACCAUGGAGAGCGAGAAGAACGCCCCCUGGGGUCUGGCCCGUAUCUCCCAUCGUGAUAGCCUUUCCUUCGGAACAUUCAAUAAGUACCUUUACGCCAGUGAAGGUGGCGAAGGUGUUGAUGCCUACGUUAUUGACACCGGUACUAACACCGAACAUACUGACUUUGAGGGACGUGCUUCUUGGGGCAAAACCAUUCCUUCCGGCGAUGCUGAUGAGGAUGGAAACGGUCACGGCACUCACUGCUCCGGUACUAUUGCUGGCAAGAAGUACGGUGUUGCCAAGAAGGCCAACGUCUACGCAGUGAAGGUGCUCCGCUCCAACGGCUCUGGUAGCAUGUCUGAUGUUGUUCUUGGUGUCCAGUGGGCUGCGGAGAGUCACAUCAAGAAGGCCAAGAAGGCAAAGGACGGUAAGGCCAAGGGUUUCAAGGGCAGUGUUGCCAACAUGAGUCUCGGCGGUGGUAGCUCUCGUACUCUUGAUCUCGCUGUGAACGCCGCUGUUGAUGCCGGCAUUCACUUCGCCGUCGCAGCUGGUAAUGACAAUGCUGACGCCUGCAACUACUCUCCUGCCGCCGCUCAGAAGGCUGUCACCGUUGGUGCCUCUACUCUUUCUGACGACCGUGCUUACUUCUCCAACUACGGCAAGUGCACCGAUAUCUUUGCUCCUGGCUUGAACAUCUUGUCCACCUGGAUUGGCAGCAAGUACGCAGUGAACACCAUCUCCGGAACCUCGAUGGCUUCGCCUCACAUUGCCGGUCUGCUGGCUUACUACGUUUCCCUCUACCCUGCUUCGGACUCGGCCUAUGCUGUUGAUGAGAUCACCCCUAAGAAGCUUAAGGAUACUUUGAUCAGCAUCGCCACUGCCGGAGCCCUCCAGGAUAUUCCUUCGGAUACCCCUAACCUCCUCGCCUGGAACGGUGGUGGCUCGUCGAACUACACCGAGAUUGUUUCCAAAGGAGGAUACAAGGCCGGUAUCCAGCACAGCUUCUCCGACCUCGUCGAUGAAGCUGAGAAGGUUGAGAACGAUAUGGUCAAGCAGUUGACUGCGAUCUACAGCCAGAUCAAAGACACUGUCUCCUCUUAA